UUUUAUCUUUUCCAUGAAAAAAAAAUGAGGAAGGCCUGCCUUUGGCGAGGUCUCUGAAGUGGUGAAGUUUUUGUUCAAGUUAUUACAUAUAAUAUAUAUAUGUCACACACACACACGUUAAUAUCAGAGCUCUGAGUUGUCUCUUCUUCUUGGGUCCCUCGCUGGAAUAGAGGUUGAGACUCUUCUCCUUCUAUUUUCCUAAACCAUUAACCAUCGAAUUCUCUGCAACUACCCACUCACCGACAGAUACAAACCUUCAAAAAACCAACAGAGUCCUAGAGAGAGAGGGGAGAUAUAUAUAUAUAUAUAUAUAUAUAUAUAUAUAUAUAUAUAUAUAGUGUUUGUGUUUGCAAGUGAGUCUCUAUAGUGUAUAUGCUUAAAUUGUUUCUCUGUUGAUCUAUGCAUCAGAGUAUGAUCGAUAGAUCUAUGUAGGAGUCCAUUUGGUGAUAGAUAUGGAUCUGGGUCAAUUCAGGAAUUUGACUUGGAAUUGAAAUGGGUUUUUGUUCAAUUUGUCAUCUUUGAUUUGGGUUUGGGAUUAAGUGAAGCAAAAUGAGUUGGAAGAAGAGAGGAGUAGAAUCAGCUUCAAAGAAUGUGGUGUCAAAGAAAUGGACUCUUCUGCUUUGUAUUGGGUGCUUCUGUGCUGGAGUGCUCUUCUUUGACAGAAUUGGAGAUGAACCUGAAGUUAAAAAUAUAUCAAGGACAGCUAGAAUUGAAUAUGAGAAGCUAAAGUUAACUGCAGAAGGCUGUAAUCCACAAAUUGACAAGAAGCGUGAAUCCAAGGACAUUAUGGGGGAAGUUUCAAAGACUCAUGAUGCUAUACAUACUCUAGAUAAAGCAAUUUCAAAUCUAGAGAUGGAGUUAGCUGCUGCAAGGGCGGCACAAGAUUAUUUACUCAAUGGUUCACCUGUAUCAGACUCUGUGAAAAUAGCUGAAUCAGGUCGCAGAAGAAAAUAUUUAAUGGUUGUAGGCAUCAAUACUGCUUUUAGCAGUCGAAAGCGAAGAGAUUCAGUUCGUGCUACUUGGAUGCCGCAAGGAGAUAAAAGAAAGAAGCUUGAGGCCGAGAAGGGCAUCAUUAUUCGCUUUGUAAUAGGUCACAGUGCUACAUCAGGUGGUAUCCUUGAUAGAGCUAUUGAAGCAGAGGAGAAGAAACACGGGGAUCUUUUGAGGCUGGAGCAUGUUGAGGGUUACCUAGAAUUGUCAGAAAAAACAAAGACAUACUUUGCAACUGUGGUUGCUUUGUGGGAUGCAGAUUUCUAUGUCAAAGUCGAUGAUGAUGUGCAUGUCAAUAUCGCAACCCUUGGAGCAACUCUGGCCCGGCAUUGGUCAAAACGUAUGGUCUAUAUUGGAUGCAUGAAAUCCGGUCCAGUCCUUGCUCAGAAGGGAGUGAGAUAUCAUGAACCUGAGUAUUGGAAAUUUGGGGUGGUGGGAAACAAAUAUUUCCGGCAUGCUACAGGGCAGUUAUAUGCGAUUUCAAAUGAUUUGGCUACUUAUAUCUCAAUUAACCAGCAUGUGCUGCACAAGUAUGCUAACGAGGAUGUUUCCUUGGGAUCGUGGUUUAUUGGAUUGGAUGUGGAGCAUAUUGAUGACCGGAGACUCUGCUGCGGAACCCCACCAGAUUGUGAGUGGAAGGCUCAGGCAGGCAACGUCUGUGUUGCUUCCUUUGAUUGGAGCUGCAGUGGGAUCUGCCGAUCUGUUGCGAGGAUAAAGGAGGUUCACCGGCGAUGUGGGGAGGGUGAACAAGCCUUAUGGAACACAACUUUCUGAAGAAUAGUUCUUCCAAACUCAGGAGGACUUGGAAAUGUGGCAAGAGCAUCUACUAGGAGUAUCCUAAAAUUCAUCAAGUCUUAAAAAGUAAAGAACCAGGUAGCGAUGCGCGGGAUUUGUCACAUUUUAGACAGAGGAGGGGGCCAUAAGGCAAUCACACCAGAGAAGAGAAAGAAUAUAAGCUGUAAUUAUCCAUUCUUUAUAGAGUUUGGAGGAGAGCCAUUGUGUAAGUUUGUCAUGGCCAUGGAGCUCCUGAAUAAGUGCCUGAAAAUGGGGGUAGAAUUUGCUGCCUUUCACCCCAUAUAAUAUUGUAUUUUAUGUUUGAAUUUUUUUAUGUAUUUAUUUAUGAGAAAAUAAAAUGAGAAAAGCCUAAUCAGUGCAAUAAACAGGCAAA